UGCCUGGGCGAGCUUCUCACCACCUUCGUGCUCGUGCUCAUCACCCUGAGUGCUGCUGCACAGAAGACCACCAGCUCCGAAACGAAGGGGAACCUCCUCACUGCCUAUGUGGGAAGCGCCUUGGGCGUCAUGGUAGGCGUCUACAUCGCGGGAGGGAUCUCUGGGGCCCACAUGAACCCUGCCUUCACUUUCUCCAUGUGCUUGGUGGGACAGUUUCCCUGGUGGAAGUUUCCCAUCUUUGCAGUUGUGCAGACUGUGUCAUCUUUCAUCUCUGCUGGAACCACCUACAUCCUCUACUAUGAUGCCAUCCAGUACUACACCAACGGGAGCCUGGAGGUGUAUGGUCCUCGGGAGACAGCAUCUAUCUUUGCCACCUACCCAGCUGACUAUGUCUCUGUUGCCAACGGCUUCUUGGACCAGGUGGGUGGCACUGCCAGCUGCCCCAGGCCCCUCCAGUGGUGCUGGUCCCUUUG